CGGUCCAGGGCGCUCGGGACUUAUAAGUAGCCGCCACCAAUUGUACAGUACCAGCGUGCGAUUUUUUAUUGUAUUCUCCCUCAUAAAGGCGACUGCCGUUAGUUCAGGUUCUGUUCGCCUUCAUGUCCAUGAUUCGACGCGUCGUCAUCGUCCUGGCACUCGCGGGUCUCUUCGCAAAGGUCUUGGCAGAUACCCUUCCAAGCUCAUACCCUCAUGUUUAUUCCAACCAACCGUCCACUGACCUUGGUCCUGAUUGGCAGAGCUACUUUGAGGUAACCGAGUCAUUACCCAACGUUACAUUCGAUGUGUCGCGUAGUUUUGCCGGAAACAUCGCCGUUCAACGCGAAGGACAUCCAAAUAAUACACUGUUCUUCUGGGCAUUCGAAAAAGAGGAAGGCUCCCUUACCGCGGACACUAACGGCACCAGCACGGAACCGUGGGGCAUAUGGCUCAACGGAGGACCGGGGUCAUCGAGUAUGUACGGCCUUCUCUUCGGUAACGGUCCUAUAAAUAUUGGCGGUGAUUACAGUGCUUCGCGCAACAAUUAUACGUGGGCAAACGUUGCGGACUACGUGUGGAUCGACCAGCCGGUAGGCGUCGGAUUUGCAACUGCAGACGCCGACGGAUAUGUCGCCGACGAAAACCAAGUGGGAGAGGACUUCAUGGGAUUCCUGGAGAACUUUGUUAAAGUCUUUCCGAGCCUUGCCACAAGACCCCUCUAUAUUACAGGGGAAAGCUAUGCGGGUACUUACAUACCCUAUAUCAUGAAAACGUACUUUUCUAUGUCAAAACCGCCCGUCAAUCUUGCCGGAAUAGGAAUCGGGAACGGUGCGAUCACUUCUGGGCAAGUGUUUGAGCUAUUGCCUGCUCUUGAUACGAUACAAACAUACCCUCAGUUGAUCGGUUACGACCCUGAGGUGUAUGAAUACUUUGAAGAACAGAGUAAUUUGUGUGGAUACGACGUCAAUCUCACGUACCCUCAAGGGGGCAUCAUUCCAAGUGUUCCCUUGAUCCUGCCUACGGAUCGUGAUGUCAUUUUUCUCCUUUCGGAGAUGAGGAUGCGAUCAUUUAAAUCUCAGCUGUUUUCCAAGUUGUCGGGCAGAGCUGAUGAGGUGAAUACACUCACCAGACGAGAUCAGGCAGCUCGAGGUGAGGAAUGGAAAAGGGACCUUACCGGACGAGCCAAUGGAACAAUUGAUUCGUGGUAUGGUUGUCUGCUUCUGGAUGAAUUCAUUGACUAUGCCCUCAACUUCACGUACCCUUGGAAUAUUACUCAGGGCUUCAAUGUGUAUGACAUACCGGAUGCGCUCAAUCCUGAAGUGACUACAGAUGGAACUGUAUUCUUGAAUGAUAAUCAGACCAGGGCUGCACUCCAUGCACCCACAAGCAAGGACUGGGCCCUCAGUAUUGACUACACAUUCGGCCAAAAUGGAUCUGCUGACCCAAGUCCCGAACCAAUGGUAUUCUUGACGGAGCUCGCAACCAAUGCCACUGCACAGAAUAUCACCAUCGUCCUGUACUCAGGCAAUGAUGAUUCUCUCAUUGCGCACCGUGGGACAGAAAUUGCCAUCCAGAAUACCACAUUCGGAGGGAUCCAAGGAUUUACAAAGAAACCAUCGACACCUUGGUACGACGAGUCAGGCGCUUUUGCUGGUAUCGUGCAUCAAGAGAGAGGCUGGAAGUACGUCUUGGUCAACGGAGCUGGACAUCUCGUCACGACAGAUGCGCCUGAGGCCGCUUUCCUUCUUGCUCGAGACUUCAUUCUCGGCAAUAACGAGACUGGCUUGGUGGACGGCGACCGUGUGGUCGGAGGGGAAGAUUCGGCGUUGGCUGUCGACGUCUUGCCUGGCGGAGAUGAAAUCUAUUACGGCGCCGGGACUACUCAAUCAACGUACAUAUUCCCUUCGGCAACACGAUCGGCCUGGGAGGCGUUCAUCCAAACGGCCACCGCCGCUGCUGGCGUAACGUUGGAGAGUCAGAAUGGUGGUCAAGGUCUGUAUCAACUUGAGAGCACUAGCAGGUUCGGGUGGGCGGUGUCUAUUAUUACUAUCUUAUGUUGGAUGCUUUAAACGAUCUUUGAUGAGUUGACGAGUUCGUGUAUACUUUUAUCGCUGGCCGUACUUUAUUUUCUUAUUUUAUAGUGUUAUCAUGCUGAUCGUAUGAGAACAAUGUAACUACUAUAGAAUAUCCAUACAGGUGCGGUGCAGACAAUGAUCCGGAAAUCUAAUCAACUAGAAUAUUUAUAUUCGACGAGCGUGCACAGAAUAGUAGACGGCAACAAGGCCUUGCGCUCUACCUAUUUCAGCUCUAGCGCCGGCGUAAAGGUCAUCAAGGUCACUUGCAUUCACUCCGAGUUC